AUGACGGCCAAAUUCAUCCCGCGCCAGGUCUUCCCUAGCUAUGCGUCCAUUCCAAGGUCGUACUACUUGGGCCACCACAGGGCUGGCCUGAAGAAGAUGCAAAACAUGCUGUCAUCUAUUGACUAUGUUAUUGAAUGCCGUGAUUACAGAGUCCCCGUCACGUCUAUCAACCCAAUGUUCGAAGAGGCGCUAGGGAAAACUAGACGGUUGAUUGUCUAUACCAAGCGGGACUUGGGCGCGAAGCCCGGGUCAAGUGCGCAGCAAUCUGUGGAGAAAACUGUUCGAGGCUUCGAUAAACCUAGCGCCACAUUCUUCGUUAGCUCGUCUCGUCCAGAUGCGAAUUCCAUCCUGAAACAUUUGCGACGAGAUGCGGAGGGGCCAGACCGACUCGUCGGUUGUCGUGUGAUGGUUGUCGGUAUGCCCAAUGUUGGCAAAUCGACUUUGAUCAAUAACUUGCGAAGAAAAGGCGUCGGCAAAGCCAAAGCUGUACAAACGGGCGGUCAGCCAGGUAUAACGCGGAAGAUCGGUACGCCAGUGAAGAUUAUAGAGAGAGAAAACGGCUCCCACGUCUACGUGCUGGACACGCCGGGUGUAUUCAUGCCCUACGUGCCGGAUGCAGAGAAUAUGCUGAAACUGGCGCUCUGUGGCUGCGUCAAGGAUUCUGUCAUUUCACCGGUCACUCUCACCGACUACCUGUUAUAUCAUAUAAAUCUGCACGAUCCUGGCGUAUACCGACGUUGGUCCGCGCCAACGAAUGAGAUCAUGCCCCUUCUUGAGAGCUUUGCUCAAAACAAGGGUCUUCUUGCCAAAGGUGGCAUCCCCAAUGUUGACCUUGCGGCGCAGCACUUUAUCCAGAAAUGGCGUGCGGGCGAGCUGGGGCUGUUCCUCCUCGACGAUUUAAAAGCUGAAAAGCGAAGUCGUCUGGAAGGAAACGAAAAAGAAGUGGGUCGCAGUAUCUCCUCGAUCUUAAGAGCCGAGAGGACGGCGAAGAAACAGGAUAGUUCGAAGCUGUAA